AUUAUACAUCGGUAGUUAUUUCUGUCGACACCGUUUCUUGGCGACUCUCCAAAUCCGGCGGAGGUUUGUUUGACAGGGAGACAAUUGCUGUAGGAAGGUAUGGAAAGUGAACACCAGCCAAUCGCGGCAGACUCUCCGUCUUCCGAGCUCUACGAUGAACGAGCAGCCAUCAAACCAGCUUUCCACCACGAGUACAGCGAGAGUGGUGGAGGUGGGACCAACAGACGGGACACAAGUGGAUGGAUGGGCUUCUCUGUCCCCAAACGAUAUGUUUUUGCUUUCAUGGCAUUCCUAGGCUUCGGUAACAUCUAUGCCCUAAGAGUGAAUCUGAGUGUCGCCAUCGUUGCAAUGACCAAAAACAGAACAGUGCUCGUGAAUGGGAAUGAUACCGUGGAGUCUCCUGCUGACUUUGACUGGGACAACAACCUACAGGGAGUAGUGCUGUCCUCCUUCUUCUAUGGAUACAUCCUCACUCAGCUGCCUGGAGGAUACAUGGCCACAAGGUUUGGAGGAAAGUAUAUGUUUGGAGGAGGAAUCUUUGUCACAGCCAUACUGACCAUUCUCACGCCGGUGUUCGCCACCUGGAGUGUGUACCUCCUCAUAGCUGUCCGAGUCGUUGAGGGACUGUUCGAGGGCGUGACAUACCCAGCCAUCCAUGCAAUGUGGUCCAAGUGGGCUCCACCGCAGGAGAAGACAAAACUUGCCACAUUCGCCUUCUCAGGUGCCUACUUGGGAACUGUGUUGGCAAUGCCUGCCUGUGGAUCCCUCGCGGCAAGCUCAGGUGGAUGGCAGUCAAUCUUCUACGUCUUUGGGUCGGUGGGCAUUUUGUGGUUCCUCUUCUGGUGUGUCUUUAUCUCGGAGAGUCCGGCCAAACACCCAACCAUCAGCAACGUUGAGCUGGAGUACAUCCAACAGGCCAUAGGCUACACAGAUGAACAGACAAAGAGGAUCCACCCACCUUGGCUGUCCAUGUUGACGUCACUGCCGGUGUGGGCGAUCGUCAUGGCCCACUUUGCAGAGAACUGGGGCUUCUAUACCUGGCUGACUGAGCUCCCUACUUUCCUCAACUCUGUGCUGCACUUUAAACUGGAUCAGGGAGGCUUUCUGGCUGCGCUGCCCUAUCUGGUGAUGGGGCUGGUUGUGUUGACCAGUGGCCAUCUUGCUGACAUCAUGAGGGGGCCUCUUGGUGUCUCCACCGGCAUUGUAAGAAGGAUAUUUACCUGUGGAGCAUUUGCUAUCCAGGCAGUGUUUAUGAUAGCCGCUGGCUAUCUGAUGACACCGGUAGCUGGGAUGACAUGUCUGACCAUUGCGGUCGGGCUGGGGGGAUUUGCCUGGUCUGGGUUCAGCGUCAACCAUCUUGACAUUGCCCCGCAGUAUGCUAGCAUCCUGAUGGGGCUGUCCAACACCUUUGCCACCAUCCCUGGAAUCGUCUCCCCAAGCCUUACCAGUGCCAUUGUUACCAGCAAGGGCAACGCUGGUCAGUGGCAGAUCAUCUUCUACCUGGCGGCGGCUGUAUAUGGCUGUGGCGCCAUCAUAUACGGAAUCCUGGCUGGAGGGGAGAGGCAGAAGUGGGCGGAGCUUCCCCUGGGGUACCAGCCUCACCUUGAUGACCCGGAGAAGGAUCAAUAAGGGAAACCAUGAAUUGGUCAAGGGUGCUGGUUGCAGGUGCUGGUUGCCGUGAACCAAUUCCAGGAAAUCAGUGCCAAGAAUCUGUUCCAGGAAUCUGUUCCAGGAAAUCAGUGCCAGGGAUCUAUUCCAGGAAAUCAGUCCCAGGAAUGUGUCCCAAGAAUCUGUUCCAGGGAUCCAUUCCAAGAAUCUCUCUCGAGCAUGAGCACAUGCGGAUUUGAGAGAAAGAAUAUACUUCCUCCUUCGAAAAUGGUAAAUUGAUACAGGGCUCCAGAUAAUUUUUCAUGAUCAGGAGUACAUACUCCUCAUUUAUUCAAUAUAGGAGUACUGGAAAACCUUAAGAGUACAUAUAGAGUAC